CGCAUGCUCCACGUGCACCGUCUCUAUUUCGCGUUUCGUGAUCUAUCAAAGGCGUUUCGACGCGUCUCGAAGUGCUGGGUACAUCAUCGACAGCACCAAAUAUGCCACCAGAUGGCCACAGAUCUUCUGGACAGGCUCCAUUCCAGGGCGUGGUGCUUUGCUGCACUGCAUUGACACCGGAUGUUCGAACAAAGCUGGCCGAGACGGCCGCUCAGAUGGGCGCGCUGACCAAACUAGAUCUCACGGCUGAUGUGACGCACUUGAUCGUUGGGAGCAUAACUACGCCUAAAUAUCGCUAUGUCGCCAAAGACCGGCCGGACAUUGCUGUCCUGUCUCCUGCAUGGGUCGAGGCUGUCAGAGUAGCUUGGAUGGAAGGCGACGACGACCUCGACCUGGAAGCCAUAGAAAACGAGCACAGGCUACCACCUUUCUUUGGUCUGCAAAUUUCCAUUACAGGGUUCGAGGAGAUGGAACAGCGGUCAAACAUCGAGCGAACAGUCGCGAGCAACGGAGGGACCUACAGUGGUGACAUGACAAGAUCUACAACACAUCUUCUCGUCGCUGAUGCCAGCGUGAAGAGCGCCAAGUACAUCCAUGCGAGACAAUGGGGAAUCAAUACGGUUUCACUGAAGUGGUUCGAAGACAGCAUAAUUCGUGGUAUGGCUCUGGAUGAGUCCCUGUAUGCUCCCGAAUUGCCACGUGAACAGCAAGGUCUGGGUGCAUUCCGGCAGAGUCCACUCAGAGAACGGACCGUCCUUGGAAAACGUGGACGACCCACAACGGCUCUUGAAUCAAAAAGUCAUGAAGGAAGCUCUCGGCGGAAACUUCGCAAAGCUACAAGUUUGCGCCUUGAAGGCCAGAGCCAAGACUUUUGGCAAGAGAUCUCUGCGAAGGAUGUACAAGUCGAUACCUCGGUUGUAGAUGCAUGGGGAGACGAAACUCGGGCCUCUGAGCUUGCGAGCGAGUCGGCCCGCCGGACGAGUACACACAACACUUUGAGCAUCAAUCAGCUGGAGAAGCCACCGGUAUUUGCCCAUAGCGAAGGGCUCUUCGGCGGACACUGCAUCUUGCCUUUCGGCUUUGAUGAGUCGAAGCUGAAAGCGAUCAAGAAGUAUAUCGAACCAAAUGGUGCAGCCAUUGCUUCAUCAGUAGAAGAGCUGAUAGCCGCAUCCGAGAGCGACAGCUCUACUUGUGCCUAUCUACUCAUGCCACACGACUACCCCAGCACAGACCUGCCCAGAGUCCCUUCGUCCGUUUGCUUGAUCACAGAAUGGUGGAUUGAGAGAAGUAUACAGGGCAAGAGAGCAUUGGAUCCUAGCGAGGACGUGCUGUCUCGACCUUUGCCCCGACUGUCUGAUUGCUCAGGCACAACGAUCUGUAUCACUGGUUUCACGGGUGUUGAUUAUCGGCAGAUUGCGCAAGCCCUUACCAUUAUUGGAUUCUCGUACCAGGACAAAUUGCUCCCAAGCACCUCUCUGUUGAUCUCUGGGUCAACUGAAAUGAGAAAAGAGAAGGCCUACUAUGCUGCGAAACAUCAGAUACCUGUGGUCUCGGCUGACUGGCUGUGGUCGACAAUGAGAGCGGGACGGAGGAAGCCUAUGGACAAAUUUCUGAUCAAAUUGUCUAAACCUGACCCAGAAAGCUCCAACAAAGAGUCACCAUCGAGUGGAAAUUCUGCCAGAGAUGAGUCCUCUGCACAAAAGUAAAUACAAGUCCUCCGGCGUGGGCAAUCAUGUGUUCUCACUGACAGCCA